GUGCCGAAGCUGGUUUGAAAGUGGGGGUCGGGCCAGGCCGCCGUUGUCUGUCGCCGCGGCCCCGCUUCCGGGCUAGGCUGUCCCUGCCUGCCCCGCCUCCCUUCAGACCCCUCGGUCCCAGGCUCGGCUCCCCGCCCAACUCGCGCCCCGCCCGCUGCCUCCGACUGCGGACCCGGCCCGCACUGCGGCCCAGCCGCCGCCACCAUGUCCCUGCACGGCAAACGGAAGGAGAUCUACAAGUAUGAAGCGCCCUGGACGGUCUACGCCAUGAACUGGAGCGUGCGGCCUGACAAGCGCUUUCGCCUGGCGCUGGGCAGCUUCGUGGAGGAGUACAACAACAAGGUCCAGCUUGUUGGUUUAGAUGAAGAGAGCUCCGAGUUUAUUUGCCGAAAUACCUUUGACCAUCCAUACCCCACCACAAAGCUCAUGUGGAUCCCUGACACAAAAGGCGUCUAUCCAGACCUCCUGGCCACAAGUGGCGACUAUCUCCGUGUGUGGAGGGUUGGUGAAACAGAGACCAGGCUGGAAUGUUUGCUAAACAAUAAUAAGAACUCUGACUUCUGUGCUCCUCUGACCUCCUUUGACUGGAAUGAGGUGGAUCCUUAUCUUUUAGGUACCUCCAGCAUUGAUACAACUUGUACCAUCUGGGGUCUGGAGACAGGGCAGGUGCUGGGGCGAGUGAACCUUGUGUCUGGCCAUGUGAAGACCCAGCUGAUCGCCCAUGACAAAGAGGUCUAUGAUAUUGCAUUUAGCCGGGCCGGGGGUGGCAGGGACAUGUUUGCCUCCGUGGGCGCUGAUGGCUCCGUGCGCAUGUUUGACCUCCGCCAUCUGGAACACAGCACCAUCAUUUAUGAAGACCCACAGCAUCACCCACUGCUGCGUCUCUGCUGGAAUAAGCAGGACCCUAACUACCUGGCCACCAUGGCCAUGGAUGGAAUGGAGGUGGUGAUCCUGGAUGUCCGAGUUCCCUGCACGCCCGUCGCCAGGUUAAACAACCAUCGAGCAUGUGUCAACGGCAUUGCUUGGGCCCCACAUUCAUCCUGCCACAUCUGUACUGCAGCGGAUGACCAUCAGGCUCUUAUCUGGGACAUCCAGCAAAUGCCGCGGGCCAUCGAGGACCCUAUCCUGGCCUACACAGCUGAAGGAGAGAUUAACAACGUGCAGUGGGCAUCAACACAGCCUGACUGGAUUGCCAUCUGCUACAACAACUGCCUGGAGAUCCUCAGAGUGUAGUGCUGGUGGCACCAGGCCCAUGAGGCAGGGGCUCGUGUGUUUCCCACCUCUGUUCCACCCCCAAAGUAAGAAGAAAAUGUUUCCAGUGGCCAGUAUGUCUUUCGUAGCUUUGCACCCACUGUUACCAGAAGCUGUUCUAGGAGUUCCUGGCCAGUCACCCCAUCACUCUCUGGGCUGGACUCAGUGCUGUGUGGAACCUCCUCAGCCCCAAGGCUGAGUUUUAAGAUAUCUUUCCUUUCCUCUUCUCCUUUGGUUUCUCAAUUAAAAAUCUGUGUGUUUGUUUGUCAGCUGUUGUGUUCACGAGCAUCAGAGGCACUGGCUAUGUUUGUCUUCAUCUGCCCUAUAUGUCACUGUCUGUCUGCUGCCCAAGGCAGCAACCCAUGUCCUGUCCUUGUCCUCAUCCAUGUCAGCACUUAAAGUGGGAACAAAUACCAAGUAUGAAGUUGUCUUUCCUCCUGCUAUCAGUGUCUUUAACAAAUUUCAACUUUGUAUAUUUUUUAUCUACCAAGCUAAUUUUUUUAUGAAAAGAGUUUUACUCUCCCUGGUUUCUUCCUUUGUUUCAUAUUUCUCCCUACUGGCACCCUCUUCUCUUCCCUUGGUGCCUGGAGCUGGCACUGGGCCCUGACCCCAUGAGCAGUUUGCCUUCUUGAAUCACUGCCUGAGUGGUUUGUACCUGACUGGGAGUCCCAAACCGCCUUGGUGCUCUGAAGUCGGCCUACUCCUCACAACUUUUCUCAUCCUGGCUCUUCUCAAGGGCAUUCUGGGCUCCAAAAUAGAUGUAGGGAUGCCUUCUGUUACACCCUGAAAUACCUCUGUCCAACCCCUUGGGAGCGUGUUAGAGCUGAGGUAGACCAGCUGCUUGGAGUUCGUCUUUAGAGAGGAAUAGCUUCAGGAAAGCUGGGCUUGGAGCAUGCUUUCAGUAUGUAGUUUCACAGUUUGUUUUUCACUCAAACCGUAAGCCCUAGGCCAUUCCAUUUCCUCUUCUGAAUGAUUGGCAAAAACGAUCUAUAAGCUGAAGUUAGCCCUUUCCCUUAGUUUCAUUUACUGUGACUUGAUUUGUGGAAUACAGGCCACUCUAUGGACAGAGUGCUCUGAGGUGAGAGUCCUGCUUGAGAGGAACAGUCUGUACUUUUAACUUUGAACAAGAUCCCCAUUAUAGAGUGUGGGAGACUCAGCUCUUGUAAGGAGUGGGCUCAUCAGCUGUGAUGAUCCCAGACCACCAGGUGAAUAGGUAGCUAGAAAAGAAUCUUAGGCCGGGGGGUCAGUCAGUUAAGGGCUCCGCCUACACCGUCAACCCCCUCCCCCCACCCACCAUUUAGGUUCUGAGCAGUAUCGGCCUUCUAGGCUGCAAUUGUCUGUGUUGAUGUAUAGGCCGCAGGUGUCUGUUUCCGUUAUGUGAAUGAGUUGCUUGGAGGAGGCUUGUGUGUGAUUCUCCUGUUGGGUCAGUCCUUGGGGCAGCCUGGGAAGCACUGUGGGGUGGUGGGGAGGGGUGGUAGUUUUCUUGGCUCUGCCAAGUUCUUAGAGGUGUCUGAGACCCUCUAAGCUGCUUAUCCGAGCUAAGGAGAGUAGCAGGCACUAAAGCUGAUGGUUUUGUCCACUUAGGCUCUCAGCAGCUCUUGAGAAACAAAACACUUCACCUCAUUCUUCUGGGCCCUUAGACUGUUUUGGUUGACUCUUCCUUUUCAGAAGCAGAUGUAUUUGUAUCUUAAACGUCAUAGCUCUUUGCUUUACCACACGGGGGCUUGUUCUAAAGAAAUAGGCUCUUUUUUUCAGUCAGGGUGCUUUUCCUUCUACCUUUUAACUUUCUUGUUCUGAUGUUGGGAUUCUGAUGUUGGGACCAUCCUCCUUGACCUCUGGACUUACGCAGGGUCAUUUGGAGACGUAAAGCGAGCAAUUCUUUGUCAGCACCCUCCUCUGCUUCUAGUUGUUUUUGAUCGUUGUUACAGGGUCCAUUCGAAAGGGUAGCAAGUCUCACUUGAUAGUUGCUUGCUCUCGGGGGCUGUGCGUUCCUUCCUGUGGAAAAGGGUCUGACAUGGUGGGCAGAGCAGUGGAAGGGUCUGGUCCUGCCAAGGCAGCACUUGACUCUGCCAAGUUCUGAGUUGAGGUUCCUGUCCUGAUCUGCACUUAAACCUGGUCUGAAUGGUGAGAUUUGUCAACUGGAACCCAAAAACAACCUGGGGGGAAAGAAGUAGUCAAUAAUAGUAAUUAGAAUAUAUUUGAUAAGGUAGCUAUUUACCCUGAAAACCGGCAAGUUUUUUUUCCUUGCCCUGUGGCCUCCCAGCCCUGUCAUCCUUGCAGCCUGGUCCUCCUUCUGCCAUCCCACCUGGGGCCUCCCUAAGCAGACACAGAUACUCCCAUUUGCUGGUAUUUGGAAGCCCUACCCCCUUACUCUCCAUCUGCUCCACAGACCAGGUGGCUUCAUGACUGAGGAUGUGAUUUCUGUGGUUUCAGGAUUUAGGAAGCCUCUUAGUCAGCCAUGCUCCAAGAAGCACAGAUCUAUUGCAGUUUUCAAAGCAGGUUUUUCUCUUGUCAAAUUGACAGAAUGAACGGGAGGCUCUGGAUCCUCGGUGUGAGGAGAACAGCUGUUAGGACUUUGCGAGGAACACCCACAGUGACACCUCUGGGCUCUGGCUCAGCUGGUGGUGGCCCUUUGACCUACUCUUGGUCUAGAGCUACCUUUCUGUUUUCUUGGUCUGCUCUGAGGAGAAGUGGAGGUACUGAGUAAAUGAGGCCUCAGGUCUCUGCUGUCAGAGAGCUGGUGAGUGGGAAUGAGUCAUUCAGGGGCCCUGAGUCUCUACACUCAGGAGAGUUUAACCCUCUCCUUCCAGGGAGGAAUUGCCCUCCAGUUAGGAAUUGAAGAGGCAAGAUACUUGAUACCUAGGUGAGAAUUUCUCAUCAGAACCAGGGUUAGCUUCUGGAAAGCUGACUAAGAUUUGGGAAGAACCAGAAAAAAAGAGAGAAUCCUACAAGAUUUUGGUGGUAGUUAUGGCCUGAUUUUUAGGAGGAGAUUUUAAGAUGUAGGAGAAGAUCAGUGGUGUUUCUUUAGCUCAAAGGAGGACUAUUAGAGGGCAGUAAAGGUCUGAGGCAAGGAAGCAUUCAGACUUGCCAUUGCCUAGCUGUGAAGCAAGACUGCCGUCAGCCUGGACCAGCCUUCUUGGACCGUUAACUGGGCAUCCAUGAUGCUAGGUAACUAGGGAUUGGACAACAGCUGGGGGCAGAGGGAUCCCCUUCCUGCAGCAGUGUAGCUGUAGGUGAUGUUUGGUAAAAUUCUGUAGGCUUUUGGAGUCCCAUGGCCAUCCCAGACGAUGGCCCUUCUUGGUUGUAGGUUUAUAUUGAAGCGGUAGAGGUUGUAAAUGGCCGUGCUGACUUUCUCCUUCUCCUUUUUCUCUUCUCUUCUUUUCCGCUUAGCUUCUUGCUCCCUUUGUAAUGUAGAACUCUCUCCCCACUGUAACCUGGGGCUUGAGUCCCUAGGUUGUAAAGACAUGUAGGAGCUGCAGCGUUCACCAAACAUGGGAGGACCAACCCAGUGUCACCCCUCUACCUUCCUCAGUCUGAGAAUAUGGAAGCCUGGGGUAGGGGAGGCCAUUGAAGUCGAGGUCUUGAAGCAGACUUUGCGCUGUCUCUGCACUCCAGGUUUAGGAAGGAGGGCUGUGCUUGGCACUUAAAUUGAGUUUUCCCUGGGAGAAAACCUGAGCAGAGCAAAGUCAUCGUGAACCCUGGCCAGGCUCCCAGAGAGCUAUCUUCUCUACUGGCUGGGCCAGCUGCUGAGAGUAUCUUACGUCACAGAGCCUUACCCACCUCUCCCACCUGCACCCCCUUUUCCUCCCCCAGUUGUCAUUGCUGCUAAUGGUAAAAGUCAAAUGUGUGGCCACACGGGAUGGGCCAGGUCCUCUCAGGCUACUUUCUGGAUGCUGUUUUUAAAAUAUGGUAACAUGCAGGUGCCUUUCCAGAGAGGCUUGGACUGGUGUCUCAAACCAGAAACAAAUAAGAACUCAAGAAGAAAGAUGUUGGCAGUCUGUAUAACAGCUGGAACAUGCACCCUCCUUGGGACAACCUGGUGAAUAUAUGAACUUGCGAUAGCUACUAUUUAAAAGAAAUGCCCUCACCUUGGGUUGCUCAUGGUGUACAGUGUGAUAUGAAACUUGCUGAGCUUGACGCUCUGAAUUGCUUUCAUCAAGUAUGAAUCGUUUGCUUUGGGUCUUGUCUUUUAUGACCUGCUCUGUCAUGACUUUCCCUCCCCAUUCUCCUGAGUGUGACUUUGUAGCAUGAUUGUAUAAACCCCUGUGUAGAAAAUGGACAUUUCUUGUUCUCUGAAAUGUUAAGCUCCAGCCAAUCAAAUUCUGUCCCUUUUAAUCUGGUGUGUCUGAACUUACUUUCUUGUUAAAUAUUUAAACUUUCAUGCUCUUACUAUAGGUUUUAUGGCACCCUAUGUUCAGGUGGAAAGGGAGCUGCCCCUUGCACAACUAUACUGUAACCGUUUUUCUUUUUUAAAUAUUAUUUUCGCAGGACUGAUUGUACACAGACAGGGCUUGUAAUAAAAUUUGAAUGCUGUGCUGUGAAACCACGAUGGGAGUCUCCAUUGAAGGCUACUUCAGAGGCACCUGAAAGUGGAGUGUUGUUAGGUCUAUGACUUGAUUUCUUGCUUCCCGAGAACGUGAAACCUAAUUUUCACCCUUUCAUUCUGUUUCAGCCUCCUGUAUAAGAAGUACCGUAUUUUCUGCCCGUCAUACUUUGUAAUAAAACUUGAACAUUAUAAAUUGACUGAA